AUGUAUUCACACAGAUUAGUCGUUUUAGGCGUCCUGGCUACAUCGAUCUACUCCGUCCAGAGCUGGUGUCAGGCCGACAAUGGCCAACGCGGCAUCUGCAUGCCCACCAGCCCCUGCGCGAGAAAAAAUGGCAUCUCCGAGCCCGGCCACUGUCCCGGCCCCAUUGAUUACCAGGUACCUCAUCCCUCUCCUCCCUCUACUCCCCAAUUAACUCCCCCCUCCCCCCAGUGCUGCACCUUCGGCACCUGCACCGCCGCCGGCAUCCCCGGCUGGUACCAACCCCACUCCGCCUGCUCCGGCACCUCCCACGCGGUCCUCCCGCACGCGCACCAGUCCGACGUGUUCUCCUGCACGUACGGAACCUGCGACUCGAAAGGCGGUACCUGCCAGCCGGUGGACACGUGCGAUGGGACGAGCUACGCAGAGGAUCUGUGUCCGGGCCCAAACGCGAUUCAGUGCUGCGUGGCGAAGAAGAAGAAGAAGCCGACGCGGCCAGAGUGCGAUGGGAGUUGUAUAGUGAGGCCGAGGAGGAGGGAUCACCCUUAUGAGGUUGUUGAAGGGAAUGGGGAAUGGACGGUCGGAUGGGGCCAUCGGUGCUCAGAGCCAAAAUGCGCUGAGAUUUCCGGGUGUCCGGUCCCCGAUUCCACAAUCGAGGCGCUAUUCAACAGUGACCUCCACGAAGCCGAGCGCUGCGUCACCAUGAACACCCUCGCCUGCGUCUCCCUCACCCACUCCCAAUACGGCGCCCUCGUCUCCGUCGCCUUUAAACACCGGCUGCCCGCAAUUCACAGCGUUCGGCCUCCUGAAAACGCUGAAUGGCUGCACCGGCGCCGACGCCGUCACGGCUGGGCUGUUCUAUAA